GGCAAACAAGACCAUGAUGGACAAGUAAAGGAUGGGAAUAUUUUGAAGAAACUAAAUAAGGGCAGUUUAGUCACAGACCAUAUAAAGGAGGAAAGUGUCACAGGUCCUUCAUCACAAGGAACUCUCCGACUUGAUUUUUUCUACCCCAAAUUGGAGAAGAAGGUAAACUUAAGCUCAGAUGAAAACCCUGUAUUUGAUCAAAAAUUCAGUGAAGAGUAUAGUGAUGAGGUACUUAUCUUGAAGAGAAGGAAAAAGAAUCCUGAAGAAAAUGUAAAGGCUGGUCUAAGCUCAACACUGAUGCCCAAAGCUGAUGAAAGAAGUAAAUGCAACUCUCAAGAAAGGGUAAAAGCAUGCCCAAGCUCAUCAUUGACAUCUGAAGUGGCACAAAGAAGAAAAUGCAACUCCGAAGGAAGGGUAAAAGCCUCUCCAAGCUCCACAUCGACUCCUGAAGUUAAACAAAGAGGAGAAUGCAACCCUGAAGAAAGAGUAAAAGCAGGUCCAUUCCUAGCACUGACAACUGAGGCUGAAAACAAGUUCUGUAAGAAAGUUGAAAGAAGAUGCCAGAAAUCAGAGGAUGCUGUUACUUCUGGUACUUGUGAGAUGGAUUUUGAUGUUAUUAUAAAAUGGAAGGGCUGGUAUGCAUUUGAGAGAGAAGAUGAGCAUGAAGACUUGCAACCGUUAAUCAACAAAAGACAAGAAAGGAGAAGACAUGAAAAGAUGUUAGCAUCCGUUGGAAUACAAAAUGGAUGUGACACACAGGUUUCAGUAGAGGCUACAGGAUACAAAGAAUCAUACAAUGCUAAUAUUAGUAUAUCUCAGACAGGAAGGACUGACACAACUGAGAGUCACACACAAACAAACUUGAUUAAAGGAGGUAAUCCUGGAUUAGAUACUAGCACUUCAACAAAUGGCAUGGUAGGUAGGGAGACAUGCUUAACAGGUGUGACCAGAAAUCUGGAGUGCAGCUGCUUAUACACAGCAGGUUCAAGUCCAAUUUCACUUCCGUCUCUUGGUAAUUGCAGGACUGAAACAUGCCUAAAAAGAGAGGAGUCUUGUUUCCACCAUACUGGUGUUGAUGAAAUGGCUUCUGAACCUUCUAGCGAGAGAAACAUUCAUUCUAGUAGUGUGGAGGUUGAGGAAUCUUCCAAAUCAAUAACAGCUGCAAAGUAUAGCUAUUUUGGAUCUGCAGGCAAUGUUGGAGAAAAAUCUAUAAGAUCUGAAACUGUGGAUGAAAAGGAAAUGCUCCAUGAGGAUAUGGAUUUGGAUCUAAAGGGCAGGGUAAGUGAAGAACUUGCUCAACUGGAUGACACAGAUAUAGAUGCUGUCUCUCCCAGUGCACAAUCCAUUAAGCAUGACACAGGUCCUUUCAAUUGGCAUUUCCACAGUAAAUCUUCUGGAAAUCUUAAAGGAGAUACCGAUGCAUUAGACAAGAUGAACUCUAUAUUUGAAAUCUCUGAUAGUGACUCUCAGGACUGUAUUAAUCCUUCUGAAAAUCUUGAAGAGGAUACUUUUGCAUUAGAGGAGAGGAACUCCAGCCUUGAAUUGUUGGAUAGUGAAUCAGAGCGAAAUUGCCCCAAAAAUUUUGAUAUGGGUGAUAAAGUUAAUAAAAAGAGGACCAGCAGGCUUCUCUAUCUAAAUAAACAGUCGAAGAAAGAAAGAAAAAUGGCCAGACAAGAUCAGGUUGGCAAAGUGGCAAAUUCUGG